AUGUCGACAACAUCAGCUUCUUUAUUCAACAACAACAGUUCUUGCGUUUACGCAGCGACUGUGACGACGACGAGGUCUUCGAUUAUUUCGCAGAGACAAAGACGAAGCGCGUCGUCCUCGAACGCUUGUUGUACAACUUCGAGUUCUUCUCGUUCCACGUUUUCUUUCCCAAGAGGAGGAGGGUCUUCGUCUUUUACGAGGGCGAGUGGCUGUCGCGAUGCGUCUUCUUCUUCUUCUUCUUCUUCUUCUCGCGAGAGAAGGAAGAAUUCUACGAACUACCGCAUCAACUCCUACUCUGGCUUGAACAAAACGAACAACGAAGUGUACGCUCGAUCGAUGGGUUCGUAUUACUCGCGCGCGAAAACCUUCGCGGAAAACGUUUUGGAACAGACGAUGAGUUUCACGAAGGGUAAAAAGAGAGUCGCGACGAUGAUGCCGAUCGGCGUACCUCGCGUGCCGUAUAAGACCCCAGGGGAAAAUAUGUGGCAGUGGGUGGACAUAUGGAACUGCCUCUAUCGAGAGCGUUUGAUUUGGAUCGGACAGAAUAUCGACGAUGAGUUAGGGAACCAGUUGGUGGCGACGAUGUUGUUUUUAGAUAACCUGGACUCGACGAAGCCGAUGUAUUUAUACAUCAACACUGAAGGUGGUCAAGUCGUGCCUACGAUGGCGAUUAUGGACACCAUGAACCACGCGAAGAGUAAGGUUGGAACCGUUGCGUUUGGAAGCGCGCGAGCGAUGGGUGGUUUAUUGCUCACGAACGGCGAGAAAGGAAUGCGCGCGGCGUUGCCGAACACGUGCGUGAUGUUGCACCACCCGUCCGGCGUGGCGAGAGGCGCCGCGUCGGACGUCCAAAACGAAGGGAGAGAGUUGUUAAACAUCCGCGAGAAGAUUAAUAAAGUUGUCGCCAAAAAUUGCAACCAAGACAUCGAACUGGUAAGGAAAACGAUCAAUCGAGAUAAGCACUUCACGGCGGAGCAAGCGCAAGACUGGGGAAUAAUCGAUAAAGUUUUAUAUCGAACCCGAAAGUAA